AUGGCGCGGCAGAAGAAGGGGAUGGCUCAAGAUGCCAACUUUCAGCCAGCGCCUGCAAAGCUGGGAGAAGGAGAUGUGCUGAACAAGGAGGUGGGAGCCAGCCCUGAUCCUCCCCAGAGCAAGCCAGCCCAGCAGACACAGCCACUUGCCAAAGACAAGGGUGUUCCAGCAGUUCCUGCCAAAGGCACGGCUGUUGCAGCCCCGCUGGUGGCUGCAGGAAGCCCCCAGCGCUCAGGACUGCCAGCUGCGCCCCGGAGGAAGCCUUUGCCACACGUGAGGGUGCUGGGAGUGAAGCCAGCCAAGCCCCGGCGCCCUCCUGUCGUGCAUUUGGCAAAGGCCAGAGCAGCUGCACAUCCUGGGACACCUCUCCAUCGUGCCACGGUGCCACCAAGGAGUGCUCAGCCAGAUAACCCCUCCCUGCUCCUUCCUGUUCUGCUGGUUACCACAGGUCACCCGAGCCCAGGCUGUGCUGUGCGGGCGCGGUUCCCGCUGCAGGAUGCUCCGAGUGCCGCGGGGGAUGAAGAGGAGCUGUAUGAUGAUGUUGAGUCUCUUGGGCCGCCCAGGACAAACCCGGGUGUUCUGCUGCCUCCUGCGUCCCGGCCAACAGCGUAUCCCCACCCUAGAGGAGGUGGAGAUGCUGGCCGAGCCUCUAACAGGGUUACCUUGCUGGCAGCUGCACAGAGAGAAGCCCAGGUCUCCCAGAAGACACUCAAGGAAUGCAAGAAGGAAGAGAAGGCAGACAGGGAGUUUAAGAAGAAAUUCAAGUUCGAAGGCAGCAUCAACGUCCUGACUCGGAUGAUGGUCGACCCUGCAGCGACAGAGAAGAGGGGUGGGGAUAAGAAUCUGCCGCUGCGACGAGGAGAGAUCCUUGAUGUCAUUCAGUUUACCAAUCAGGAGCAAAUCCUCUGCCGGAACAGCCAGAGGAGGUAUGGCUACGUGCCCCGGGCCGUGAUGCUGCACCUGGACACUGACAUCUAUGACGACGUUGAGAUUUACGACUGAGUGAUCCCCACUGAGGCCAAAGGCACGAGAGAGCACCACAGAGACCUCCCCAGGGGCCGACAUGCACAGCACCAGACACCACACUGCUGAUGGGAAAGGAGCUCUGCUUCCCCUGAGACAGCCUGCAAAUCCACCGUG